GGGAUUGACUUUAGAAAAACUCGUGCUGGUGGAUUAGAGAGAGAAGAGAGAGAGGUAGCAAAACAACAAUGGCGAUAAGUCAAGCACUUUCCUUUUGCUCUGACCUUGUAUUCCAUAAACCAUUUUCUGUUUCAAUUCUUCGCAAGACUAAUAGCAGCACUAGUACUAUUAUUUCAUCACUCUCCCCUUUAACUUCCAUUAAUACUAAAUCCCCUUCUCUCAGCAACAAUAACACUCGCAAACGCCUCACCACCUCCUGCUCACUUCUUGAAGAUGACGUCACAGGUUCUGCAGUUCAGACUAUGGAGAUUGAUCCCGUGUUGGCUGUCAAGAAAAAGGCGAUGGAAGUAGCACCUGGAUUAAAAGGGACUUCAUUAUAUCUUGUUGGUUUUAACAGCACUAUCAAAACAAGAUUGGGAAAGCUUCUGGCAGAUGCACUCCGAUAUUACUAUUUUGACAGUGAUAGUUUGGUCGUGGAAGCUGCUGGUGGUGAAGCUAUGGCAAAACAACUUCUAGACACGGAUAAAGCUGGAUUUCGUGAAUCUGAGACUGAAGUGUUGAGACAAUUAUCGUCAAUGGGGCGCCUGAUUGUUUCCGCUGGAGAUGGUGCUGUUCAGAGCUCGACCAAUUUGUCACUUUUGAGACAUGGCAUCUCAAUCUGGGUAGACGUUCCUUUGGACAUGGUUGCCAAGGAAAUAGUAGAAGAUGAUGUUCAACUAAUUGGAACGGACAUUUCACCUUCUGCAUCGCAUUCUGAGGUGGUAAGCCAGCUAGCCACGAUAUACGCAGAGUUGCAAGAAGCAUUUGAAAUAGCAGAUGCAACCAUUUCACUCGAGAAAGUUGCUGGUUUGCAGGGUUAUGAGGACGUAGAAGCUGUUAGCCCUGAAGACAUGGGCUUGGAGGUAUUGACACAGUUAGAAAAGCUUAUGAGAGUAAAGAAGAUGAUGGAAGAAGCUGCCAGGCCAUUUUAGUCUAUUUUUUGGGCAACAAAGCUUUUGUGUGCUGUGGUGAUUAAUACAAUGCCAUAUAUCGCUUGUACCCAUGUCCCACAUGUUUGAUUAUCAUCUCUUUACCUAAUGACCGGCCCUAUAAUAUUUGGGAAUUUCUCGAACUUUAGGUCCAUACCUUUUAUAUAUAUAUAUAUAUAUAUAUUUAAAUUUAA